CACUUCCGUAAACAACAUUUGAGCGUUAGUUUGUGUGCUCUUAUGCCCAUCAUAAUUACAUCGCAUAUGUAUACCACCACACAUAUAUAUAUAUAUACUUACAUGUAUGUUUAGAUAAGAGGGCAAUGGUUUUGUAGAAUCAACUCAACUUCGACAUAUAGAUCCCCCCUAAAUGUGUACCCUAUAUAUAAAUGUUUGAAACGUAGUUUGUAGUUCGUAAAAUGUUCUAACGUCAACUAAAUCUAAAACCAACCAGCCAGCCAACCGACCGACCAACCAGCCUUUUGUUGUGUUUAAAAAAAUAACCAAUCAACAAAACAAAAAACAACAGAACCACGAUAAUCAUUCACAGAACGCCAAGUCGAGCAAGGCAUAUACUAUAUUGUGUACGUUCGACAGCAAAAAAACAAACAAAAACCAAAGCUUUAUUUCAUUUCAAAAAUUUAUAGCAUAUUCCAUUUUUCAUGUCUCAAAGAACCAAAAUAUAAGUCAGAAUAAUAAUAAUAAGUCUUCUUGAAUUCCGUGUGGGUUAAAUUUACCUUACUCUGCUUCCCCAGGAAAAAUACAGGAAAUUAUCACCAUCUAUUUCUAUCUCUCUGAGGAUUUCUAAGCAUGUCUGAUACUCCUAAUAAAUCCAAAGAGAAGGAAUCUACCCUGGAAAUGAAUUCAUCACAAUCAGGAAGCAAAUCUUUUAAAAGAAUGAUGCCAGAUGAGCCAUUUCUCCUUCACUUAUCAUCAGAAAAAUCUACAGAAAUCUAUAAUUGCUUCCGAGAUAUGGAACUUCUCCAUGAAAUAGUUAUUAAUGAAAAAUAUGAGUUAGAAAGGCCUCAGCCACCAGAAAACAGUUUUUACAAACGGAUUCACACUAUAUUUCAUAACUUAUUCUGGAACCAAAUAGAUGAACAGCUGAAUGCCACUCCACCAGAUUAUAAAUCUGCCAUACAAAUUAUCGAGACCAUCAGAGAGAUGAUUUUGGAGCUUAUGCUACCAUGGCAACAGAAAUUACAACAGCAGUUCUGUGAAGUUUUAGAUAUGGAAUUAAUUAAACAGAAAAUAGAAAGGGGUGCAUUUGAUUUGCAUUAUUAUGAGGAUUACAUUAUUACUAUGAUGGAAAAAAUUUGUGCCCCUGUUCGAGAUGAAGAUGUUGCAAAGUUGCGGCAGAUUCAUGAAGUUGUUCCUCUCUUUCGGGCGAUAGUGAAUACACUUGAAUUAAUGAAGUUAGAUCUGGCCAACUUCACUAUCAAACAGGCCCGUCCUUAUAUGCAGCAUCAUUACAUUUCUUUGGAACAGAGGAAAUUUAAGAAAUUGAUAGAACAUUCUCACGAAAAUGGUCAUGAUCUUUUAAAAAGAACCAAAAUGUGGCUACAGAGAAACGAGGAUAAAUUGUCUCGGCUUGCACAGCUAAAUUCUGAAGAAAAUGGAGCAUGUGCAGCAGCAAACUCAUGUUCUGGAACUUUCAUCCCUAGUUUAGAUGGUCCACCUACCAGCACAAACAUUCUCAACAUGGCUUAUUUAGAACUUGUCAAUUGGGAAGAUUUACAGCUAUACCCAGAGACAAUGUUUUUAGAUGAAUGCCGAUACCGGAGUCUGCAAAAAGAGUUCCAUCUGCUGGCCUUGAUAUCUGCUAUGUUACUUGUGACAUAUAAUACAAUUGGUUCUUCAAUUACUGGUGUAACUGAGUUAAGAGACCAGCUAAAAAAAUGUCUCUUUAUUCUGUUAGAAAAAUCCUAUUCUGAACAUGAACAAAAUCCAUCAGAUAUAGCUAUAAGAUGUGCUGAGCAAGUUAAUAGUGUGGUCAAUGAUUGGCUGAGGAAUCAUGACUUUGCAGAGCUUACUUUGGAGAAGCAGAAGCUUCUCUUAGGACAAUUACAGGAAGUCGUAUCACCUCAGCAUGCAGUCCACAAGGUUAUGCUGAAACGAAUCAAUGAGUUUAUAUACCAAUGUAUUUGCUCUGGCUGUGUAGAUAAAGUCAAAGUGCCUGCUGGUGUGUCAGCAGUUGAAACUGAAUUAACUGCUGCUACCAAAGUAUUUAUUCGACUUAUUGGACUUAAUUUUGGAGUCUGUCGCGAAUUCUAUACUGAACUCUUAUCAACUAUGAUUCAAGGCAAAGAUGAAGCAGCAUCCAAAGCUAAAGAUACAUCUGAGAGGCCAAAAUCACCAGACAACAGUUGAGUUCUAGAUGAACCAAUCAAGGACUGAUCUUAAUUAGCCUAUAUAUGAGGAGUGUCUUUUUCUUUUUAUUUAUCAAUUAUAAAAAUCGAUUAAAAGGUAACUAAUUGAUAACUAAUUUUGAGCAUUAUGGCAGAUAUGCUUGUAAGCAAUAAUUUUUUUUUUUUUAUCAGUUUCUUGAAAUUUUUAUUUGGGAUCACUACAGAUAGAUUUGGGUUUUUUUUUUAAUUUUUAUAAAACAAAAAAAAAAUCCAUAUACAGUUUAACAAACAUAUAUAUGCAAGUAAAAAAGAAAAAAAACAUUUUUAAAAAUUUCAAAUUUAUUUUUUAAAAUAUUAAGAUUUCUCACUUCCAUUCUGUCCAUGACUGCAUUUAAAGAUCCUCUUCACAACCAUUUUAUAAAAGGGAAACUGGUCUUCUGUGAAAUAAUUAUAUUGUUAGAAUUGUUUUAUUUAAAUUUUUAAUAGACUUAUUGUUGGUAUUGGAAAAGAAAAUACAAAAGUGGAAAAAAAAAAAUUUAAAUAUUCUUUUAGAUUUUGCAUUUUGUUUUGAGAUUGAUAUGGAAUAUAAUUAAGAAUUAUAUCACAAAAUGAAGUUGAUCACAAAAAUUACUGUUGAAGUAGUUGAGAUAUUCUUUCACACAAUUUAGGACAUUUGCUACUUACCAAAUGUCUGUGAUCUGAAAAUUAUAAUUUCUAAACAUUGUUUUUCAUUAAAUUAUGAAGAAUGAGAGUAUUUUUUAAUCUUUUGAUAUUUCAUUAAAUCAUUUCAUUUAAGCAUGA